AUGACGAACCGGCUUUCGACAACUGACGAUGACAGGAUUGACUCUUCGAAUUCUGACGCGCACUCUCGUGAUCGGGUGUUCAUUCUUAUAAACAAACUCGCCCACGGGGGCUCCUACUCUGGUCGAGAGGACGACGAGGCGGCUAUACUCGCCUUCUGUAACACUCAGAAGGCUGCCGCUCUACCGCACACGAGGCAGCAGGUGUCGGGUGUGCCACCGAGAGCCCCCCCGGCCGCAUCGCACGAGUUUGUGGUCGCGGCCUCGGCGGGAGUUGCGCCGCUGGCCUCGACCAUUCAAGAGGUCGAUGUGCCCCCGGUUGCCCCCCUGGCUCCAGAGACACAAGAAGAGCCCGUGGCUGCGCUAGCUGCGGCCACCGAGAUGGAGGACAUCGACCUGGCUGAGGCGAUUGCCGAGUCAGAGCGCCGUCACACCGACCUUGACGCUGCCCGCGCGCCCAGAAAGCGCCGGGCUGUGACGCAUGACGAUUCAGACACUCCCUCUCAGACAUAUGAAGCAGCGAGGCCGCGGAAGAAGGCAGCCAGGGCCUCCCGCACCUCCACCACACAGUCUGGGAUGACUAUCGCGGGCUCCUCCCGGAGCACCGCCACGCAGAGAUCGACGAAGAAAACGCGGCGGCCCACUCGUUCACCUGCCGCCUCCCGGCAGCCGGACGAGGAUGGUUUUGUCGCCCCACCCCGGCGGCACACUGCCAGGGCCGCUGCGCUGCAGCAACCGACCCCGCUGCCGACCGCCAACACAGGGGAGGGGCUGCUCCUUCUCGUAAGGUGCACCCGUCCACCAGCUUUGCUGCCGCCACCAUCAUCAGCCUCCACCACCCGAAGUUCGGAACAGGUGGCGGGCGAGACGCAGCACCCGACCGCGCCGUCCACGGCUUCGCCCGUGGGGGUGGCAACCCCCGCGCCCACGCAGAGCGCGCGAGUUGCCGCCACGCGCAGGCGUCGCCGGCGCGCAGGCCGGGCCACCCCUGCCGCUGCACAACGGACUGCCGACGACACUCUGUCGCUGCAGAGGACGGCACCUCGUGCUGCGCCGCAACCGCGACCGGCUGCCGAUGCUCGACGGCAGUCGCAACCGGCCGCCCCAGUGGCGGAGACCGCCCCAGCGGCCCCCACCGCCCCCUCGGCCGCCGACGCAGCCGAGCUCCGAUCGCUCUUCCGGUCGUUGAGCCGGCUGCUCGAGCAACUCCCGGUGCUCGUCACCGCGGUCACGUCGGCCCUUCAGGCCGGCGUUGCAACUCCACCGCGCCAUGGAUAA